AUGAAGUACCAGAACCAAGUCGUCGCUGCCCUCUUGGGUCUCGCCUCCGCCAACCCCGUCAUCCACAAGCGCGAGGUCCCCCAGGAACAGUCUCACCUGCUCUAUCUCCAGAUUGUCAAGGAGUUCCUCGACCUCAACAAUCCCCUCGGAAUCGUCGACCCUGUCUUUGGUCUCCUCGGCAACGCUGCCGCCGCCGAUGGUGUCACGGCCGAUAUCAACCUCGACUGCCUCAAGCAGUUCACUGCCGACCAGGCCUUCACGAAUGCUAAGGAGAUUGGCGAUGUCCGCGGUAUGGCUGCGGCCUUGGUCUACCAGGCUCUCGAGCGUAACACCGGUGGUGUCGGUGUCAAGAGCGUCAUCUGCCCCGAGGACGCCGUGAACCCUGAGAUUGCAGCCUUUGACCAACAUCAGGACCCUGCCUCGGACGGUGCCACGGCGCUCAACACUGGCAUUACUCUUGAGCUCGCUAAGCAACUUGCUCUCAUUGGUGUUGAUCCUUUGGUGGCUCUUGAGUCGGGCACUUUCGCCCCCGGUGAUGUCAACGACCCCACCGGUGCAGGCAACACUUGUGAUACUGCCGGUGAUCUUCCCGGCUGCAUCUUCACGGAGAGGCUCCUUGUCCUCGACGCCUCCCCUGACGAGGUCCUUGCCGCCGUCGCUGAUAUUACUCCCACCUUCACCGGCACCGGCGUCAUCUCGGCCACCAACAUCGACUUUGUUGGCCUUGCCCUUGCUACCGGUGGUGUCUUUGAAGGAAGCGAUGCCGUCGCUACACAGACUGCUGCCGACACUGCUGCCGACACCGCUGCCGACACUGCUGCCGCUACUGAAACUGCCACGGCUACCGCAAACCCGUGUACGGCUGGCGUCCCCGCCGCCACUGGCGGUGCUAAGACCGGCAAGAACCGAGGCAAUGGCAGGAACCGUGGUAACGGCCGUACCCGUCUCCGAGUUGGUGCUACCCGCGGACGUGGCCGGACCGGUGCCACUAAGAACAAGGGCAACAAGAACGCGGGUGCCGCUCAGACUGCCGCGGCCACUGCUGCCGAGACCGCUGCCGCUGCCUCCCAGGUCUGCAGCGUCGUAACCAGGACGAUCCCCAACUGCGCCGCCAAGUCCACCGCCGCGGCCGCCACUAGUGCCGCUGCCACGGAAGCCGCCACCGCAGCCGGCGUCAACAUCCAAAGCUUCACCGGCACGCUCGGCGGCGCCCCUCCCCCGGUCAUCUCUUCAGCCGGCGACCGGCCCUUCUCCGUCAACGGCAACACAUUCACGGGCCAACAAGCUGCGCUCAGCCGCUCCUGCGAUAUCCAGCACAACGCCUGCGCCAACGCCGCCAACAGCGGCCAACUCGCCGGUGGCACGGCGCAGUGCGAGCAGCAGCUCCAAGAGUGCAAGGCGCAGAACAGCCUCCGCAAGCGUCAGGCCCUCGACUUUGGCAGCUGCACCGAUCCCACGAUCAAAUUCGGUGUUGGCUUCGAUGGGCGCCGUGAGGCUUCUUUCGCGCCUUCGAACAACGCGGACUUUAACCAUGGCAGCGCGCAGAGGAUCGGGAUCAUCUCUUCGUUCAUUUGCCAGAGGCUGGGUAGCUCUUGCAAGGCGUCAGCUGCUACUGUUGCUGCGUGCGAGGAUGCUAGUGCGCAGGCGCUUGCCGCUACGCAGGACCAGACUGCUGCUGAUCUGUUCAAUAGCUUGCUUACUGGAGCUGCUGCUGUCGGUGGUGGUGCGGCCGAGGAGGACGUCGCUGCUACCGCUACCGCUACUGCUACUCAGGCGGCGACCGCUACUGCAGCUUCGAACUUUGUUGUCGUCACGGUUACUCAGUGCUCGUAA